AUGUCCUCGAAAAAGCCCAAUUUUGUCGUCAUUGUAGCCGACGAUAUAGGCUUCACCGAUCUUGGUUGUUUUGGAGGAGAAAUCCACACGCCGAACCUGGACAGGCUAGGGCGUGAUGGCUUGUGGUUCAGGCUUUCAUACCGCUUCAGCCUGUUCUCCUACACGGUCAAUGUUGCUCUCGGGAACCGACAAUCAUAUAGCAGGACAAGGUCAGAUGGUAGAAUAUGCAAGGGGAUAUCCGGAGAAGUUUGCUGGACAACCAGACUAUGAAGGAUAUUUAACUUCAGAGUAGCAGUAUUGUCCAAAAUUCUCACUCCCUAGUAUUACACUUUGAUUUCAGGCAAAUGACACUUGGGGCUUGAUGAGCCGUAUUGGCCGGAUAAAAAAGGAUUUGAGAAGAUCUUCACUUUACUACCGGGAGACGGAAACUGCUACAAAUUCGACACAUCCGAGGAGUUUUUCGUGCCCUUCCUUUAUCAGAAAAAUGGACGCCGGCUUAAUGUCGACAAAGAGCUCCCAGAUGAUUUCUACAGCUUAGAUUACUUCACCGAUAAGUUUCUUGAGUACUCGGACAAUGAGACAGAGCGGAAAGACAGGCCAUUUUAGGGCUUUCUGACUUAUACUGCACCUCACUGGCCCUUACAAGCGCCCCGGGAGACAAUUGAAAAGUACAAAGGCGUUUAUCGCGAUGGGCCCUUGGCUCUCAGAAACAAGCGGCUGAAACAUGCAGAAGAGCAAGACAUUAUUGAGAAAGGAGUUGUGCCGCAUUUGGUGGAAACCUUCAAAGAAAAAGUAUGGGACGAGCUUGACCAAGAGACUAAGUAUUAUGCCUCCUGCAUUAUGGAAACAUAUGCUGCAAUGGUGGACGAGCUUGCUAAAAAUGUUGGUCGCGUCCUCAAGAAAUUAGAAGAGAAAAAUGAACUAGAAAAUGCCGUGAUUAUGUUCAUGUCUGACAAUGAAGCUAAGGGCAUGCUGUUAGGAGCUUUUCCGUUUGGCGGCAGAAAGUUUACGGACUUCAUAGGGACGAAUUACAAUAACAGCUUUGAGAACAUUGGAAACAAAGAUAGUUUUGUCUACUAAGGUGACUUGUGGGCUCAGGCAGCUACUGCACCCAGGCACAUGUAUAAAUUGUGGGCAACUGAGGGCGGGAUCAAUUGUCCCUUGAUUUACACUGUCCUAACCUCACGACAUCACAAAAGAAAGGAAAUGUAGUCUCCGAACUCACCACCGUAAUGGACAUUCUGCUGACCGUUUUGGACUUGGCGAAGGUUCCACACCCUGGGAACUUUUUUCACAGAAGAAUGGUCCAUACACCCAGGGAAAGACCUGGAUACCAUAUCUCGAAGAUUCUACUGACCAUGUUCAUGACGAAGAUACAGUGAUGGGAUGGGAACUUUUCGGACAGCGCGCUGUAAGAAAGGGGCUUUUGAAAGCCGUUUAUGUUCCGGAACACUUGAGAAAAGGUAAAUGGCAACUAUUUGAUUUGUCUAAGGACUUGGGAGAGACGACUGACAUCAGUGCCGACUUUCCUGAUAAGCUAGGCGACCUCGUUGGAUACUGGUCCAUUUAUGUCGCAGAGACUGGACCAGUAGAUAUAAACGAGUACCCAUAA